AUGGAAGACCGGGGCGAAAAUCCGCAAGGUUUAGCGCUGGCACUCGGUCCGGACUACAAACGCCACGACAGCACGAGUAGCGCGUGGGGCGAGCACACGUGUGACGUGUGUGGCGAAAGCUGUACUGACGCGCUGCAACUCCUGGCACACGCGGAGGGCCACGCCGAGCGCCACCACACCACUCCCAGAUUAAAAAAGCAGUCUCGAGGUCGAAAUAACGUGUCUUCAAGUAGUUCAAGACAAUUCCCAUGUAGAGAAUGUGGUAAAGUGUUCGGUUCCCGGAGCUCGCAGCAAAUUCACAUUCGGAUCCACACGGGCGAGCGGCCGUACGCGUGCCGCUUCUGCUGGAAAGCGUUCGCUGACGGCGGCACGCUGAGGAAGCACGAGCGUAUACAUACAGGCGAGAAGCCGUACGCGUGCGCCGUGUGCCCGCGCGCGUUCAACCAGCGCGUAGUGUUGCGCGAGCACGUGCGCUCGCACCACUCCGCGCCCGACCGCCGCUCCAACGGUGCCCCUUCAUAUUGCUGCGUGGUGUGCGGGCGGAACCUACAUUCCAGUGCGGACUUGGUGCAGCACCUCAUACAACACUGCGACGCCAACACGGCGCUCAAGCGGCAACCACAGCAGACUGGCCCACGGAAGUACAAGCGGAGACGGAAAAUUAAGACCGAAGAGUCCACGCCACCUCGCGAAUGGGAGCGCGGCUCCGAGUCCCCGGCGCGCUCGUCGCCCUCGCCGCGCGCCUCGCCCGCGCCCUCGCCCUCGCCGCCGCCCUCGCCGCCCCGCCGCCGCAAGCGCCGCGCGCCGCCGCCGCGGCCCAAGAUGAUCCACACCGAGGACCCCCGGCCGCGGACCAAGCAGCAGGUCCGCCAGCGCCGGCCGCCGCGGCAUCCGGCCGACGACUUGCGCGCCAUCCGCCCGCGCUCGCCUGUGCCCUCGCCGGUGCCCUCGCCUGUGCCCUCGCCCGCGCCGUCGCCCUCGCCGCCGCCCUCGUCGCCGCCCGCGCCCGCCGCUGCCGGGCCCUUCAAGUGCGAGAUGUGCUCGCUGGAAUUCCCGCGCCGCGAUGACCUGUUACUUCACGUGCCGGUGCACAUAUGACGCAGGAAGGCGCGCGCGCGCAGGCGACGCCGCUGAGCGCAGGUAAUAGAGUAGGUACUUACUUCACACCGCAGCAGCGGUGAUACUUUUUAUGAGCUGCCGAUUAGCAAUCUGCCUUUUAUUUUCGUCACUGUUUCAAAACCUCGAUUGACUAUUCAUCAAUUUUGCAGCAACUGAAAAUCUAAAUUUUGUUUUUAGGGCUUGAGUAGAAUAAAUACUCUUUUCGAGAUGUUGAUACUUGGAAUUAUGUUGGUUUAAUCUGCAACUACAAACGUGAUGUAAACUGCCGCAAACUAAUCGACUUAAUACCAAUCAUUUUUUUGACUGCAUCACGGAGGAUCAUAGCGUCACCGAGUAUCAGAGCGGGCGCUCUGUUGGACUAUAUUGUGAACUAACUUCCUGAACCGUUGCUGUUACAUUUAAUAUUAAUUCUGUUUAUUUUUUUACUCCCAAAAUUUUGUUACUUGAUGGCUAUGUCACCGUAAAAUUGAGAAUUCCGUCAGAUUAUAAUCUGACGUAGUUAAAUUACAAUCUAACCUAACCUAACCCACUGUUAGUUUACAAUCUAAAGCAUUAAAUUAUAAACUGACAGAGUUCACAAUUUCACGUUAACAGCUAUACAACUCUUGUAAUCUCAGUAUUAGGGCAUUCUGAAUGGAUAAUAACCUAUAAGUCGAACUUGAAUGAAAUGAACUAUAUAUUGUUCACUUAUUGGAAAUGAUUGUAUCCUUUCCUUCAUACUUUUUGAGGAUGUGAAUAGAAGUGCAAUCGAAGUCUAUUGUUUACUAAUUUCAAUUUGCCAUUUACUGCAAAUGUUCCAUGGAUAAAAAAAAACUUUAAGGGCGAGAAGGUAUUUUAUAUUUUCGUCCAAUACGCUAGGCCUAUUCUCUUAUAUUAUGGCACAAGUAAUACAAUCAUGCUUUGGCACUGUCUAAGUUAAUGGUAGGAGGUGCUUGUUCCAUUACUAGGUUUCUGUAAAAGUUAGCACCAUACUAAUAAUAAAAUCAACUAUUAUAUCAUCAUUUUAUAUGAUAUUUUAUGUAUUACACAAGCUAAAACAUAAAAUUAUAGACAUAAUUUGUAAUCAUCUUACAAAAUAUUAUUACUUUAAUUCGAUCUGCACAUCUAAAAUUGUAUUAGAGUUGUUAGCAAUGUCAGCCUAAAUUCUGUGUUCAUCUCGUUAAUUAAGAUAUUUAUAAAUGCAACGCAAUUCAAUAAUAAAUUAUAUAAAAAUCGGGUAAAUUUCUUAAGUAAAAUAUACCUAUUAGGAAAUAUAAUAUUAUGUAAUAGUAUAACAAAAUAAUAGUGAAUCUCUUCUACUCGUAGAGCAGUGUGUCAGUAUAAAUACCAAUAAAAUAUGCAGGUUCAUUCAGUACCUCUGGCUCACUGUCGACCACCCCACCCUAUGUGAAUAUCCACACAAAAUAUGCUAUCUAGGAAUAUUAUCAUUGUUAUUUAUGAAAUGAAGACUACUUGUGUUUUAAAUAAUACUGUUGUACUACAUAUUUAUAGAAUGACAGUUUUGAUACGAUUCCAAACUAAAUCCAUACUUCGUCGGUCAAAGAAGAUCGUCGUUUUAUAACUG